AAAUAGUCGAUUUGGAGGCACAUGGAGAGGCUUCCCUUGAAAUCUCCACUAUCACCCACUAAGCAACAAGCAAGGGUGUUGUUUUGUUUUGGUAGAGAAUGUUUGGCUUUUUGUUGGGUUUGAGCAUAAUACCAAUCUUGGCCAGCUCUUAUUCCCAUCCACUUCACGUACUGACAAAACAAAUCAAAUUUAGUGAGAGAAGGAAACAAACAAAGACCAAAAUAUGGUUGGUUAGAGAUGAUAACAUUUUUAGAGAGAGAAAGAGAGAGAGGCAGACAGUAGAAACAGAGAGGGCUCUAUCUCUAUCUCUAUGCUGUGUAUGUAUUUCAAGAAAUUCCAUAUUCUUCCGAACCCACCAAAAGAUAAACAAAACGAUGAGGACAAAAACAACCUCUUCCGUUCUUGCCAAAGCAGCCAUGGAAAAGUCCUUCAAGACAAGAACUUUAAUUCCAAUUGACUCGCUUUCCAACAGAACCAAAGACAACCAACCGAACCCUGCUUUUAGUGAUGAAACCGCUUUCAUGGAUAAAGAGAUUUGAGUUACCAAGUUUUCCACUUUUCUUAAGGGGUCUUCCACGAUUUUAAUGAAUUUCAAAACCCAGUAGGGUAUUUUAAUUUAUUACUCGGUUUGAUCGGUUUUUCUCAGGACAAUUCGCUUUUCUUCUACUGGUAAUUUCCCUGUCUCUGUUUCAUGACUUUCCCUGCUUAAUUUGGUAGAGAUUCCUUCUUUUAAUCAAACUAUGGGUUUUCCUUUGUUUCUCUGUUAGAGGUUUGCUUCAGUCUCUAUUUGAUUGCUGAGAAAACGUAGGAAACGGAUGGAGAACUUUUAACAAUCUCUUUUUAACAAGCGCAGCAUUUGACCUUACUUCAUGAUUUGUGUAUAAAGAUGAAGAUGAAGUUUCCUCCUUUCUCUUUCUUUUUCUGCGAAAACAUUCAGUUUUUAAGUUUCAAAUAAGGACUUCUUAGGACAGGAAAGCAGGGGGUAGGGGGGGUGAGUGUGCUCCACUCAGCUGAUAUUUGUACAGGCAAAACAGGAAACAUUAAAAAACAGAGCCUUGUUUUUGUUUUCCUCUGUUUCCUUAAAAUUUCUUUCAAGAUUCAACUAAUGCUUUUUAGCCACAAUUAGUCUAGCACUGCUUAAAGUGUUGCAGGGAGAAAUAUCUAGUUCUUGAUUACACUAUUCUGAUUAAGGAGUUCCUUCUGGUCGGUUACCAUGUAUUUUGUAGUCAAGACAAAAAAAAUCAAGAUGGCAGCUUAGUUUUGUGAUUGAGAGUAAUGAGAAGUCCAAUUGACCUUUUUUCUUUUUAACAAGGAGACCAGAUAAAGAACAGAAAGAACGAACUUUUAGAAUUUCUCUCAGUUUUAGGGGGCUGAGAUUACUCUUGACUGUUAAUGGCAGGAAUGAUUCAAGAGGGACGAACGUCUGUGACUUCAUCGCCACUUCAAUUCUUCCCCUGGAUGUCACUAUCUCCUGGUUUAGGAUCGCCGUUCCCAUGGCUCCGGGAGCUCAAAUCUGAGGAGAGGGGUUUAUGUCUGAUACAUCUUCUUGUUGCAUGUGCAAACCAUGUCGCUGCUGGUAGUCUUGAGAAUGCCAAUUUCGGCCUAGAGCAAAUAUCCCACCUUGCCUCUCCUGAUGGAGAUACCAUGCAAAGAAUUGCUGCUUACUUCACUGAGGCACUUGCUGACAGGAUGCUUAAAGCAUGGCCAGGUCUUCACAAAGCCCUCAAUUCCACAAAAAUAUCUUCAGUAUCAGAGGAAAUUCUUGUUCAAAAGUUGUUCUUUGAGCUAUGCCCCUUCUUAAAGAUUGCAUACGUUAUCACAAACCAGGCCAUUAUAGAAGCUAUGGAGGGGGAGAAGAUGGUUCAUAUUAUAGAUCUCAAUUCAUGUGAGCCUGCACAGUGGAUCAAUCUUUUUCAGACAUUUAGUGUUAGGCCAGAAGGGCCACCCCAUCUGAGAAUUACAGGCAUUCAUGAACAGAAAGAGGUGUUAGAGCAAAUGGCCCUUUGGUUGACAGAAGAAGCUGAAAAAUUGGACAUUCCAUUUCAGUUUAACCCAAUAGUUUGCAAGUUAGAGAAUCUUGAUCUGGAAAGUUUGCGAGUCAAGACUGGGGAAGCUCUUGCAGUCAGUUCUGUUCUUCAGCUUCAUUCUCUCCUGGCCACUGAUGAUGAAAUGCGUAGAAGGAACAAUAACUCCCCAUCCUUGUCUAAGAACCUUAAUAGUAAUCAAUCACACAGAAUCUUGCAGAUGAACCAACGUACUUUAGGAGAGUGGCUUGAGAAAGAGCCAGUCCAUAUAUACAGCCCAAGUUCUGACUUGGCAACACCAUCACCAUCAUCCCCGCUGUCCCUAGCUCCAGCACCGAAAAUGGGGAGCUUUUUAACAGCUCUUCGGGCACUGUCACCAAAACUGAUGGUUGUAACCGAGCAGGAGUCCAACCAUAAUGGCCCUACUUUAAUGGAGAGGGUAAUGGAAGCAUUGAAUUUCUAUGCUGCGCUCUUUGAUUGCUUAGAGUCUACGGUAUCAAGAGCACAACUAGAGCGACAAAAGGUUGAGAAGAUGCUUUUUGGAGAGGAAAUUAAGAAUAUUAUAGCAUGUGAGGGUCUUGAGAGAAAGGAGAGACAUGAGAAGCUUGACAAAUGGAUUCUGCGACUUGAGUUGGCCGGUUUUGUAAAGGUGCCUUUAAGCUACCAUGGCAUGUUGCAGGCAGGAAGGUUGUUGCAGACCAAUAACUACGAUGGUUAUAACAUCAAAGAAGAGAAUGGGUGUUUGGUUAUGUGCUGGCAAGAAAGACCUCUAUAUUCAAUGUCAGCCUGGGGGUAGACGAUGUGAUUAAGAUUGUUACCCAUUUUGUGUGUGCUUGUUUCCUCCUUUCUCUUGUUCUCUCUGUAAAGAAUAUCAAGUUUUUCUUUCCUGCAAUCUCAACGUGUUCCGAUGAAAAAUUUGAGCUCAAUUCUCCUUGACUCUCAAGUUUCUCUUUCCUCGUUUGCUAGUUUAUUUGCCCUUGUAGUUUUAAUGUAUAUGAAAGACUAUUUAUUCUGUAUUUACUUAAAAAUUUUGAACAUAUCGGUUCAUUUUCCUUUUGGCUGCCGCUAUAUGUAUAGUCCACGAUUAUUUGGGAACUCUUUAUUUGCAGAAAUUUGCUGGGAGACUUUUGAGUCAUUUCAUGAUCUAAUAACAUUUCAAGUUUAUUAUUGAUGGAAUUUAUUCUUCU